AUGGAUCAGAUGGCUGCUGCCAUGAAAGAGGUAUUUGACGAUUAUUUCAAGGACAUGUACGUCGAGUUUGAAGAAAAUCGUAGCAUAAAGGAUGUGAUGAGACAAGAAAUACUCGAAAGCGCUGGUCUUAUGUAUCCGUCCAAUUAUGAUGACGACGAUGAUCCUGAUAACUCUGAAGAAGAAGCGAGACAUAAUGCCGAAUUAGCACGAUGGAAGAAGGAAAAAGAACUAGAGCUUAUUGAAGAAGAAAUUCAAAAAUCUGGAACAAUUAAAUCGAUUAUAAUGAUGAUUGAGUCUGACGGUUGGUUUGAAGAAGAGGAACCAGAAGAUGAUGGAAACGAUGACUAG